CAUCACCUCUUCAGGAAGUUCUUGGAGUUUUUUAGGGAAAUGUUGAAUAUUCCCCUCGAUAUGGCUGAUAGGUCAAAAGCUUUAUUCUUUAAUUUUCUGGUGUCCUCCCCAAACCCAAUGGAAUACACUCCAUUUGGAUCUGGAAAGAUUUGAACACAGCACCUGUGAUUCCAAGCAUCAGCCUUUGGGGGUUCUGCCUCAGCUUUUGAAGAAAUGUCUGUCACUUAUGAUGAUUCCGUUGGCGUAGAAGUCUCCAGUGAUAGUUUUUGGGAGGUGGGAAACUACAAGCGGACGGUCAAGAGGAUCGACGAUGGCCACCGCCUCUGCAGCGACCUCAUGAACUGCAUCCACGAGCGGGCGCGCAUCGAGAAGGCCUACGCGCAGCAGCUCACCGAGUGGGCCAAGCGCUGGAAGCAGCUCGUGGAGAAGGGGCCGCAGUACGGGACGGUGGAGAAGGCCUGGCACGCCGUGAUGUCCGAGGCGGAGAAGGUGAGCGAGCUGCACCUCGACGUGAAGGCCUCCCUCAUGAACGAGGACUUCGAGAAGAUCAAGAACUGGCAGAAGGAGGCCUUUCACAAGCAGAUGAUGGGAGGCUUCAAGGAGACGCGCGAGGCCGAGGAGGGCUUCCGGAAGGCCCAGAAGCCCUGGGCCAAGAAGCUCAAGGAGGUGGAGGCGUCCAAGAAGGCGCACCACGCGGCCUGUAAGGAGGAGAAGCUGGCCGUGUCCCGGGAGAGCAACAGCAAGGCCGACCCGGCCCUCAACCCGGAGCAGCUCAAGAAGCUCCAGGACAAGGUGGAGAAGUGCAAGCAGGACAUGCUGAAGACCAAAGAGAAGUAUGAGAAGUCCUUGAAGGAGCUGGACCAGGCCACCCCCCAGUACAUGGAGAACAUGGAGCAAGUGUUCGAGCAGUGCCAGCAGUUUGAGGAGAAGCGGCUGCGCUUCUUCCGGGAAGUGCUCCUGGACGUCCAGAGGCAUCUCGACCUGUCCAACAGCGCCAGCUACAAGAGCAUCUACCGGGAGCUGGAGCAGAGCAUCCAGGCAGCAGACGCCGUGGAGGACCUGAGGUGGUUCCGAGCCAGCCACGGCCCCGGCAUGUCCAUGAACUGGCCCCAGUUCGAGGUAGGCGGCAGCCCUCCCGGCGCCCUUUUUCUCGUCCCCGAGGCCUACAGCCAGGAGGCCAGCCGUGGCCCGCAGGACGCCCGGUGCGGCCCCAGAGGAUGCUGGGGACCCAGGCGUCGCGGGGACAGAACUGGGGGAUUGGGCGGGCGGCGGCCUCACCAGGAAGGCUGGGCCCGAGCUGUGCCCAGUGGCCGGCAGGCCGCGCUCCUGGGGGCGGCACAGACCAGGCUCCCCGAGGACCUGAGCUCUGCUCUGCUCCACGACCCCAGAGGCCCUGCCCGACCUUCUCGGCCGGGAGCUCGAGGCUCUGUUAGGGUGCCACGACCGGGAAGCAUCUCGGCAGGGCUCCGGGCCAGGGUCGGGCCACGGUCUGGCCAGCCUUGGCAGGCUCUGCGUGGGACCUGGCACAGCCGGGCGCAGGGGCUCUGCGGGGCCCUCAGAAACCCUCCUGAGCGUCUGCCCGUGUUCCCGGCCCCUCGGCAAGCCUUAAAUGAUGCUUCCUCCAAGCUAGCGGCCAGCCAGGCCCGACCGUCAUCCGGAAGGAGGGAGGCCACCCCCGGGGCACACGCAGGGCAGCUGGACUCCCCUGACAAGCCCCGCGGCCCCAGGGAGUCCUUUGAAGUUGUGGCUGGGCCGCCCCCAGCCCUGAGCCGGGAGCCCACCUCAGCGGGGAGCCCGGGCCCUGGCUUUGUCCAGGAAUGUGGCCAGGCCCGGCCGCCACCACUGUGUGAGCAGAGCUUUAGAGAGUGGAAGCAAAAGCUCCUUCGGGGCGGCCAGGGGGCUCAGCGGGCAGAGGCAGGCCUGGAGACGGUCCCAGGCCAGAAUGUGGCUUUAGACCCUGCUCGCUGGGUGACCCUGGGCAAGUCCCUGCAGCCCGUGCCUGGCCUCACCACCGACCCUUAG